AACACAUGCAGCUCAAAUUCCUUGUUUUCAUUUUAUUAUCAGUGCUACUGACCAGUACAAUUGCCCGACCACAAUAUAAAGAUAUUGAUUAUAAAUUAUAUGGUGAUGGAGACGAUGGAGUAGCAGUUGAUGCAGUUUAUGAAGUUAUAAGUGAUAAGCCUCCAGAAGGAACACCUACCAAGCAUCACCACCACCAUCAUCACAAGAAAAUGUCCAAGUCAAACCGAUUGGAUCGACUAAGGAGAUAUCUUAAUGAUCGACUUCGGUCUUUCGUUUCCUCGCGGUUCACCAGGAUCUCACCCAUUCCCACCACCUUUCUCUCUUUCUUCAAAAAUCAUCCUUCUCCGUUCAAAUCUUUCCAUUGA